AUGGCACGGUACCGACAAUUGUUUAUGUCGUUCCAGCAACAGCAUCUGCAUCAACUACGGGUUCAGCAUCUUCAUCAGCAGAGCGUGCGUCAACCGCCGCCGCCACCGCCACGUCCUCGACGACAGACAUCCCCGACGACAUCCCCGACGAUACCCCCGACGACGCCCAAUUCGUCAACGAGCAAAGCCUGGAUAUCUGGCCCAGUCAUUGGCUCCAUUGCCGUGUUAGCGCUGAUCAUUGGUUUUCUUUUUUACAUUCGGAAAAGGGGUCGAAAAAAAACUGUCGCGCAUAACGAGUCGGGUUCGCCGUAUGAGAAAGCAGAGCUCCACGCCGAAGAGAUCAUAAAGCCUACUUAUGAGGCAGAGACUCAUGAGAUCCACGAGGUUGAAGGGCCACUAGAGGUUGAUGUUGGGGACGAAGACCGAGGCGGCUGUGACAGGAGGGACACGGAUAUAGGCAGUGUAUAG